GGGCAUUGACCUGAUAAAGAACUCCAUUUCCCGGGGUGCCUUGCUAUACCCAGAGUUGGGAGGCUGGUUCCGGUUGCAUCAGCGUGGAAUUCUCGGCGAAAUGAGACUGUUCGUGAGCGAGGGCGCCCCGGGGAGCCUGCCGGUGCUGGCCGCGGCCGGGAGGGCCCGUGGUAGAGCAGAGCUGCUCAUCAGCACUGUAGGCCCGGAAGAGUGUGUGGUCCCAUUCUUCACCCGGCCCAAGAUCCCUGUCUUGCAGCUGGAUAGUGGCAACUACCUCUUCUCCACUAGUGCAAUCUGCCGAUACUUCUUUCUUUUGUCUGGCUGGGAGCAAGAUGACCUUACCAACCAGUGGCUGGAAUGGGAAGCAACAGAGCUGCAGCCAGCUCUGUCUAUUGCCCUGUACUAUUUAGUGGUACAAGGCAAGAAGGGGGAAGAUGUUCUUGGCCCACUUCGGAGAGCCCUGACUUUCAUUGACCACAGUUUGAGUCGUCAAAACUGCCCUUUCCUGGCUGGGGAGACAGAAUCCCUAGCUGACAUUGUUUUGUGGGGAGCAUUGUACCCAUUACUGCAAGACCCAGCCUACCUCCCUGAGGAGCUGGGAGCCCUACGCAGCUGGUUCCAGACACUUAGUAUCCAGGAGCCAUGUCAGCAAGCUGCAGAGACUGUGCUGAAACAGCGGGGUGUCCUGGCUCUCCGGCCCUACCUCCAAAAGCAGCCCCAGCCGCAGCCCCAGCCUAAUCCACCUGAGGGAAGAGUGGUCAGCAAUGAGCCUGAGGAGGAAGAGCUGGCUACCCUGUCUGAGGAGGAGAUCGCUAUGGCUGUGACUGCUUGGGAGAAGGGCCUGGAAAGCUUGCCGUCUCUUCGGCCCCAGCAGAAACCAGUGUUGCCUGUGGCUGGGGAAAGGAAUGUGCUCAUCACCAGUGCCCUCCCUUAUGUCAACAAUGUCCCCCACCUUGGAAACAUCAUUGGUUGUGUGCUCAGUGCUGAUGUCUUUGCCAGGUACUCUCGCCUCCGCCAGUGGAAUACCCUCUAUCUGUGUGGGACAGAUGAGUAUGGUACAGCAACAGAGACCAAGGCAAUGGAGGAAGGUCUAACACCUCAGGAAAUCUGUGACAAGUAUCAUACCAUCCAUGCUGACAUCUACCGCUGGUUUAACAUCUCAUUUGAUAUUUUUGGUCGUACCACCACUCCACAGCAGACUAAAAUAACCCAAGACAUCUUCCAGCGGUUGCUGGCACGGGGUUUUGUGCUGAAAGAUACUGUAGAGCAACUGCGGUGUGAGCACUGUGCCCGUUUCCUGGCUGACCGCUUUGUGGAGGGAGUGUGUCCCUUCUGUGGCUAUGAAGAGGCCCGGGGCGACCAGUGUGACAAAUGUGGCAAGCUCAUCAAUGCCAUUGAACUCAAGAAACCUCAGUGUAAAGUCUGCCGGUCAUCCCCUGUAGUGAAGUCCUCCCAGCACCUGUUCUUGGACUUGCCUAAGAGGGAUAAGGAUGAAGAGUCAGUGGAUCAGAGAGGGGAAAGAUGUGAUUUGAGCAGAUGGUUCUUUCUUCUUUUCUGUUCAGAGUACCUGAACUAUGAAGAUGGGAAAUUUUCUAAGAGCCGGGGUGUGGGAGUAUUUGGAGACAUGGCCCAGGACACAGGGAUCCCUGCUGACAUCUGGCGUUUUUAUCUGCUAUAUAUUCGGCCUGAGGGCCAGGACAGUGCCUUCUCUUGGACAGACAUGCUUCUUAAGAAUAAUUCUGAGCUGCUUAACAACCUGGGCAACUUUAUCAACAGAGCUGGGAUGUUUGUGUCUAAGUUUUUUGGGGGCUAUGUGCCUGAAAUGGUUCUUACCCUUGAUGAUCAGCGUCUGCUGGCCCAUAUCACCCUGGAGCUCCAGCACUAUCACCAACUGCUGGAGAAGGUUCGGAUCCGGGAUGCCUUACGCAGUAUCCUCACCAUAUCUCGACAUGGUAACCAAUACAUUCAGGUGAAUGAGCCUUGGAAACGGAUUAAAGGCAGUGAGGCUGAAAGGCAGCGGGCAGGCACAGUGACAGGCUUGGCAGUGAAUAUAGCUGCCUUGCUGUCUGUCAUGCUCCAGCCUUUCAUGCCUACGGUUAGCGCCACCAUCCAGGCCCAGCUGCAACUCCCACUUCCAGCCUGCAGGAUCCUCCUCACAAACUUCCUGUGUACCUUACCAGCAGGGCACCAGAUUGGCACAGUCAGUCCCCUGUUCCAAAAAUUGGAAAAUGACCAGAUUGAAAGUUUGAGACAGCAAUUUGGAGGGGGCCAGCUAGAAGAGUCCUUGGAGUUAAAGGCAAAAGUGUCUCCCAAGCCAGCAGUUGUAGAGACUGUUACAACAGCUGGGCCACAGCAGAUACAAAUAUUGAUGGAUGAAGUGGCAAAACAGGGCAACAUUGUCCGAGAACUGAAAGCACAAAAGGCAGACAAGAACCAGGUUGCUGCAGAGGUGGCUAAACUCUUGGAUCUAAAGAAACAGUUGGCUCUAGCAGAGGGGAAACCCCUUGAAACUUCUAAAGGCAAGAAGAAAAAGUGAGAACUUGCUCAUAGAAAGUCACUUUACUGGAUAUGGACAGUAAUUAAUAAAUGUACAACCUACAUAUACAAGCCAAGACCCUUCCUUUCCUUUGGUCUAUCCCAAGUCUUCCCCCUUUUGAACACGUGGUUAAGGGUCACAUCAU